CUCAUUUCGUUCGCGUCAUGUCGGGAACAACUCAAAGUAUUCGAUUGCGACGCCCACAGACAGAGAAUGCGACGCCCAAGCCGAAGAAACAGGACAGACAUUCCGGUAUUCUUCAAGAUCAACUGAGGCGGUCUGACCGGCCACCAUGGAGUCCAAGCUUCAGCCUUGCAUUCCGCAUUAUCCUCCUAAUACGUGUCAUGGGUGCAAUGUACUCAAACAUCGAUGACUGCGACGAAGUAUUUAAUUUCUGGGAACCUCUUCACUACUUCGACAAAGGAUAUGGUUUUCAGACUUGGGAAGUCUCGCCGGAAUACGCAAUUCGUAGCUGGACAUAUAACGACAAGCGGCCGUCAUUUUUCGCAGUCCGGAUUUUUCUCGCUUUUAUCAGCACGUUCUGUGAAGUUAUCCUAUAUCGCCAAGUCUACGAGAAAGUCAAUCAGAGAGUCGGACGGUACUUGUUUUUCAUGCUAGCGUUUAGCGCCGGAAUGUGGAAUGCAUCAACAGCUUUCCUUCCUUCCUCCUUUGCAAUGUAUACGUCGAGUGUGGCCUUUGCCUACUCUAUUGCCCCUUCAUCUGUAAAGGGUCAUAGGAAAACUAUAGUUUCAACGAUCAUGUUUGCUACUGGCGCCAUUGUUGGAUGGCCGUUCGCUCUUGCCCUCGCAGUUCCCUUUGUAUUUGAAGAGUUCUUCGUGUUCGGUGCUGAUACGGUUCCUUCUGCCUCCUACGUAUCUUGGAUAUCAACGAGAUGGAAACGUCUAUUCGGCGCAGGCGUAUUAGCCUCUCUCAUAUUCGUUCCUGUGGUAGCCAUCGAUAGUUUUGCUUACGGAAAACUUUCCGUUGUACCUUGGAACAUUGUCCGGUACAACAUCUUCUCAGAUCGCGGACCAAACCUAUAUGGCACGGAGCCAUGGAAUUUCUACAUUCUCAACCUCUUGUUGAACUUCAAUGUCCUCACUCCAUUGGCCUUACUCUCCUUGCCUGCUCUCGCCGUCACGUAUGCAGUAGAUCGCAAGCGUCUAGGAUCCACAAAGCCCAGAAAAGAAGAAAGCUCUCCUUUUACUCUGCUAGCCUUACGACUUGCUCCCUUCUACCUGUGGUUGUCAAUAUUGAGCAAACAAGAACACAAAGAGGAGCGGUUCAUGUUCCCGGCGUAUCCAAUGCUGUGCUUUAAUGCUGCAAUUAGCGUAUAUUUGAUUCGGGGCUGGCUAGAAACAGCGUUUAUCAAAAUAACGAAGUCGCCAUAUCGAGCGGCUCACUCCCCCAUUUUCCGGUCCUUCACCUCAUCAGCUGUUCUCUGCUCUAUUCUUCUCUCGACGUCCCGCAUCUUAGCCCUCUGGAACUACUAUCACGCCCCCAUGACACUGAUGUACGCCUUGGAGUCCCAGGAAAUACCGACACUUCUCAACGAGACAGGGCUGCUCCCCACUCCGCUUCCACCCAUCGGAACCCCAAAGAAUAAGAAAGUUCAACAGCCGAGAAUCGACCUCAGCCCUGUCAAGGAACUUGAGCUUACACUUUGCAUCGGAAAAUUCGUCAAGAGCGAGUUCGAUGGUCUUCUCCCGGGGCAUUUCAGGGAGAGCACUAACGACACUGUGGGAUUGUGGCCAAGGCCCGAAACUAGGCACAUUCCUAAAGACAUGAACGAUUUGAACCGGGAGGAACCGUCGCAUUAUGUUCCUGUAUCGCGUUGCGAUUAUUUGAUGGAUCUUGACUUUCCGUCUCAUCCUUCGUCCUCCCCAUUAGAACCCAGAUACAGCACUCUUACCGAUAUAUGGGAGAAAAUCUAUUGCAAGCCUUUCCUUGAUGCUCAUCACUCACCAUUGUUAAGUCGAGCACUGUGGAUGCCUGGCGAGAAGUGGAGGCAACUUAAUAGUUGGGGUGAUUUUUGCUUGCUGAAAAACAGAGCGCUUGUCGAAGGGAAGGUGCAGGCUGUUCGGGAGCGAAGAGAGAAGAAGAACUGAAGAUUAGUGUUUAAUUGUAAACACAUAAUAAAUUCCUCGUUUGUUACGGAAAUCCAGUUAUUUAGAACCUAC